AAUUUCCAGUUCCCCCUACGGUGCGGCCCUGCCUUCUCUUCUCCACUCCCCCGCGCGCGCGCGGGCUCUCCCUCUCGCCCAGUCGCCCGGCGAUGUCUGGGCGCCCGCCGCCGUACGCCAGGUUUCCAGCCCGUCGCCAUGCCUUCGCGGGCGACGAGCACCCGACACCAGGAGCUAUGCUGGGUCUUCCUCCGCCCCUGGUCGACGCGAGCGCAGGCCGAGGAGUGUGCAUGAUGAGCACCUCGUGGAGAGACAAGCAGCGCCCGGACCUCGUCAAUUUCAUCGCCACGUUCCUCGCUACCAACCUGUAUCGCCUCAAUUUCCUGUCGCUUUCUCCGGAUUUCCUCUUCAACAAUGGGGGCUUAUCGGUUGCUUUCAUCUUCGAGACGGACUGGCUUCCUGAAAGGGAAGCUGCGGUCUUCAGCAGGGUGAAUACACUGAAGAGGCAGUUCAAGUAUCUCUAUGUCGUUGUCGUCGUCCGCUCAGCAGAGCAGAAUGAAUCAUUCAAUCAGUCAUAUUUCAAGUAUGACAUGGAGCUUGGCUGCCCUACGUUCGUGCCUGUUUGUGAUCCAGAGAUGGGAUUCGAGAAGAUUGUAAGGAUUGCUCAUGCUCGUGGAGUGUGCAAGCAGAAAGACCUUGUCACAGCUAUGGGAAUUGAGCGUGAGCAAGCUGUUCAAUGCAUGGAUGCGUUUUUACGAGUUCUCACCUCUAUUCCUGGUAUUGACAGUCAUGAUGCAAAUGCACUUGCCCAAGCCAUUGGCUCUAUUGAAGCAAUUGCGAAAGCAUCCAAGGAAUUCAUUCUGGAAAACACCGAUCUUUCCACUGAAAAGGCAGAGAGGAUUGUCAGGUUCUUCAGAGAUCCACAGUACUUCUUAAGCCCCAAGAUUAAUUAAUUCUUGCAGGCAAAAUCAGAUUGUUUCGUGUCUGUCCCUGGGUGAAUCACUGAACCGACGGCCGAAGCCGUUGCAAUCUCUCUCCCCAACUCUCGCUGGCAUAGGUUGGCGAUGCCUGGACCCAGGGUCCCUGGGCAAACAUGGAAUUUUUGUGCACUACUCAAAGCCAACUCAGGCCUUGUUUAGAUGUGAAAACUUUUUAAAUUUUCAUUACUGUAGUA